AUGCCACUUGUAAAGGUGGGCAACGAUGCUCUCCGGAUCGAUUUGGCUGCGCCCGAGGGCUGGACAUUUGCGCCAGGUGACACAGUCAUCGGCGAUGUGGUUCGCUGCUCACCCAUCGACACUUCCAAUGCGGACCUGAAGGUGUUUUUGAGAGGUCGUAUACAGACUAGUCGGUCUGGUGCAGGCAAUAGCGGUUCAUUUUCUACAGAUCCAGCUGGUGUGACCACUCAGUCUGUUGCUUCUGAACAGGUCCUUCUCGCGAAGCAUUAUCCUAUCUUCCAAGGUCCCCUACAAAUUCCGGAGGGCGGAAAUCCCAUUUCUUGGUCUUUUACAACUGAGAUUACUCCUGAUCCCCCAAGAAGGAUAUACGGAAAAUAUGAUAUCUCUUAUGACUACUUACCAGGAACCAUCAGUUCAGUUGGUCGGAGUGGUGUAGCCACGUCGACUGCGUGGAUCGAUUACUAUCUCGAGGCCGAACUGCGAUAUCUACAAAAGAGCAUUUCUGGGCAGCGCGAUAUCGAAAGGAAAGACACUUCAAUUUACCCGAUCACCUUAAGGCAUCGACCUCUGCAGGAGUUUGAUGAAUUCGGGAUCACGCAGGAAAUAUUCAAGCGGAAAGUUCGAGGCCAUCGCUUAGUCCCGGAUCUUGGUCUCUCCAACUUGUCUAUGAAGCAAAGGGCACAGCAACGCUUCGGUUCCUCUAAAGUGCCCGAGCUCCACUUCCAAGUUGAAGUUUACCUUCCGAGUACGAUUCAACUUGACAACCCUGCGUUUCUACCCCUGAACCUCAUCAUCGUUCAAGGGAAUGAUACGAGCAAGGAGAUCAAGACUGUUCAAAGAACAGCUUGGAUUACCUCUAUCUCAAUUUCUAUCGAAACAUGUACCUUUGUCAAAUACCAUGGAGCCUCCCUUGAGGCAGACUAUAACCAACCCACCAACUCUGCUCGUUCAAUUCCCACUAAGUCUGUUGGAGGCCACUCUAGCAUCCAGGAUUUGCACCUAAAGGACGCCGUUCGCAGGAUGGAUGACUUUCCUUGGGAGGUUGCCAUGGGGGAAGAAACGGUUGAUGUUGGGAGUGUUCUUCAGAUGGUUCUUCAUUCAGAUGGGUUGAGUGUUGCGGGAAGGCGGCUUGAGAAAGUGCAGCCAAUUACCCCCAGUUUUGAUGUUUAUAAUCUUCGAAUCAUAAACUGGCUUAAAGUGGACGUGUCGGUCACGGUGGCGGAGGAGACGUUUAUGUUGAGUACAAGGACACCUGUGACGAUAUUAGCCACAGAAUAG